AUGGACGAGUGGUGUGGGCUGAUGGGCUGUUGGCUGUGUGGGUUGUACAGUGUGUUGGCAAUGUUGGUCGUCGCGAGGUUGCUAGUUGUUACUGCUCGAGGCCACAAUGGAGAAGGGAUCGAGCACACGCAAUUUAGUAGGCAUAGCCACCAUGGACAAGGUGCUCCUGGCCGUGGCCGUGGUGCUGGUGCCCGUCAUCCUCUCAAGCUCAUCAAGUGUUUGCUCGUCACCAAGCCAAAAAAGCUUAAGCUGCCCCCAGGGCCAUGGACGCUGCCGUUGAUAGGCAGCAUGCACCACCUCGUCAGCAACCCAUUGCCGUACCGUGCCAUGCGCGACCUCGCGCAUAAGCACGGGCCGCUCAUGAUGCUCUGGCUGGGCGAGGUGCCCACGGUGGUGGUGUCGUCGCCGGAGGCUGCGCAGGCGAUCACCAAGACGCACGACAUCACGUUCGCUGACCGUCACAUGAACAGCACCGUCGGCAUAUUCACCUUCAACGGCAUGGACCUGAUCUUCGGGAGCUACGGCGAGCAGUGGCGCCAGCUCCGCAAGCUCAGCGUGCAAGAGCUGCUGAGCGCCGCCCGCGUGCAGUCGUUCCAGCGCAUCCGCGAGGAGGAGGUGGGGCGGUUCAUGCAGAGCCUCGCCACGUCCGCCACCGCCGGCACCGCCGUCGACCUGUCCAAGAUGAUCGCUAGCUUCGUCAACGACACCUUCGUCAGGGAGUCCAUCGGCAGCCGGUGCAAGUAUCAGGACGAGUACCUGGAUGCCUUGGGCACUGCGAUGCGGAUGGCCGCGGAACUAAGCGUAGCUAACAUCUUCCCGUCAUCCAGGCUGUUGCAGAAUCUUAGCACGGCGCUACGCAGGGCGAUGGCGUGCCGCGACUGGAUGGCGCACAUCAUUGGCCAGAUCAUCCGCGAGACGAAGGAAGCCAUGGACCGGGCUGACAAGACUUCAAACGAGAGCUUUAUCUCUGUCCUGCUCAGGCUGCAGAAAGAGGCCAGCCUGCCCAUCGAGCUCACCGAUCACAUCGUCAUGGCACUCAUGAUUGACUUAUUUAGCGCGGGCAGUGACUCCGCGUCGACCACACUGACCUGGUGCAUGACAGAGCUAAUCCGGUACCCGGCUACGAUGGCCAGAGCCCAGUCCGAAGUCCGGGAGGCCUUCAAGGGGAAGACCACCACCAUCACCGAGGACGAACUCGCCAGGGCAAACCUUAGCUACCUCAAGUGUGUGGCGAAGGAAGCUCUCAGGCUGCACUGCCCGGUGCCGCUCCUGCUCCCACGCAAAUGCCGUGAGACAUGCCAGGUCAUGGGCUACGACAUUCCCAAGGGCACAUGCGUGUUCGUCAACGUUUGGGCCAUCUGUAGGGACGCCAAGUACUGGGAAGAUCCUGAAGAAUUCAGGCCAGAGCGGUUCGAGAACAGCAGCCUGGACUACAAAGGGACAGACUAUGAGUUUCUCCCAUUCGGGUCCGGCCGCCGAAUGUGCCCGGGAGGAAACCUUGGAUUGGCCAACAUGGAGCUUGCACUGGCCAGCCUUCUGUACCACUUCGAUUGGAAGCUACCGAGCGGAGUGGAGCCUAAGAAUGUCGACGUUUGCGAGGCUCCAGGACUGGUUGCAAAGAAAAACACAGGCCUGGUUUUGCACCCUGUUGUCAGCCGCGUAUUUGCUCCGGUUAAUAUGCCUAAUUAA